AUGCUGCAUGCCGAGGCUACGUCGCAAGGGUAUGAGGGGCGGCUCGCGGAGCUGGGCGUUGGCGAUGCCGGCGACCUCCUCGAGGAGGUCGCUGAGAAGGGCAUCGGCUCGCUCGACAUCCACGACCGCCAGGCGGAGAAGCUCCGCCGAGCUCUUCUCGGCCGGCGGGGCUGGGGGGACGCAGCUGCGGCCGCUGAAGGUGGGUCCGGAGGUGGGACCGAGGGAUCCAGUUUGGACCCCUUGGAGCCCGCGCUGCCGGAGAGCGGCGAUGGGACGAUCGCCGCCGCGGGGGAGGAGGAGGAGGCCACGGGUUCUAAGGCGGGCGAGGCGGCUGCUGAGGCGUUGGCGGAGGCGGCGGUCGACGCCGUCUACGGGGCGCUCGUGGCGGCGACGCUCGAGGAGUGGGCUGGAGCGAGCACGGACAACCCCGUCUCCGCGGCGGACGCUCGAGGCCCAGGCCUCGAGUGUCAGCAGUGCUUUGCGAACUUUUACGACGGGUUUGGCGUGGAGCCGUGGCUGUGGCGCCGGGCGUUGCGUGAGGGCUGGUCGGAGCUGGGGGGCUGGUCGAGAGAGGAGAUGGAGGCGGCGGAGAAGGAGAUCUGGCGCGGCGAGAGUUCUGAGAUCUCUCAGCUAGGCGAGUGGGUCUGCGAUGCUUGCCUGGAGGGCUAUUUGGGGGGGGGCUUUGGCGACUACUCGGAGCUGCGCAGCGGCUACAGCCCCGGCAGGCGCCCGUUCGAGGACCCGGAGCUGAAGCAGGCUCUUCCCGAGCGAGCGCUGAGGCAGCAGCGGCUCCUGCAGUACCUCGGCGAGGUGCGGCCGCGGCUACAGCAGGCGAUCGACUUGGGAGGCGAUGCGGCCAGGGCGGCGGUCAGCGCGCUGCAGCAGGAGGUGGCGGCAAAGCAAGAAGCCGUCCUCUUUGACGCGCUCCCCGGCGAGCGGCGGCGGUACUUGCUCCAGCAUGGCUGCGCGGCGUGGACCGAGGCCGCACUCGCCGAGGUCGCCUCGCACUCUCCGCUCAUCGAGCUCGGCGCCGGCGCCGUCGGUGCGGACGUGGCGGCGUACGACGACGGGUCGGAGGCGGUGCGUGAGAUGCCGGCCGAGCUGGUGCUCGGGUCGCCCGAGGAGAGCGGCGGCCGCACGCUGCUGCUCGUGUACCCUCCGCCCGGCGAGGUGCUGCUCUACGUGGGGGAGGCGCGAGGCGGGGUCAAGCGAGUGCUGCGGCUCGCCCCCUUCCGCGGUGGCCACGAGAAGCUGUACGUGUGCAAGCGCCGGUCGCACCCCUUCAAAUGA